AUGCUAUCUGGGGCAAAACGAUCCAACGUGGAGGUUGUUGCAUUUAUUGUUCCUUUGAAGAAGAACAAAUUAUCAAAGGCUGUUGAACCAGGGCAGAACGUUUCCGAUGUCAAAGAAAAGAAGAAAAACGAUGAAAAACUAACAAUAGAAAAGGCUCGGUUUGAGGUUCACAAGUUUGGGCUGUCGGGGUAUCAGAAGCAGCAGCAGAGGGUCUUUGAGCAGGACAGAGCCAUCAUGCUGGGAGCCAGAGCCCCUAAAAAGCAGUAUGUUAAUUACAAAGUGUAUCAACAAAUUAUAAAAGAACAGAAGAUGAAAGCCAAAGAGGAAGCAAAAUCUGAACCACAGAAGAAAAGAAAGAAAGAAGGGAAAUCAAGGACUGAGAAAAGUAAAUCGUCGUCUAGCGGAGAGCUGGGUGGACAAGUUGGACGCUUCAACAACGGAAUGCUGAUGUUGAGCUCCAAAGACAUUCAGAAAUCAAAAGUUAAAGUGAAAAGGGCUUUUGGCUUGACCGGGACUUUUACAAUCCCAGCACCCCAGAUUCAUAGUCUGAGUGAUGAUAUUUCUGAGGGCUUUUGAAGCACAUUAAA